AUGGCACAAAAAACCUACUUCGCCCUCCCCAACCUCGACCAUCCCCCGUACCACUUCAUCACCCUCGGCCAAAUCAUAACGCUUCCCUCUCAACCCUGGGCGCGUCUCGCUCCACCGCUCCCUAUCUCGCAAACCUUAAUCGCUACAACCGUAAAGACAGACUGGGGCACAGAACUACGCCGCAAUCGCGAGCACCGUAUCGGCAUCUGGGCGCAGUUCGCGGCCAUGAUUUUGGGCGUGGGCGCCGACGCCGUGGUGGCGUUUUCGAAAAAGGAGUCCGAGGCAUUUCAAUUUGAUGAGCUGGAAACGAGCUUCUUUGAGCCGGAUGAUGAGUAUGUGGAGCGAAGUGUGGUGGGAAAAGAGGAGGUUGCGGAGUGGGUGAAGAGGAACCCGAGGCAGAGUGUGUUUAUGGUUACUGGUAUCAAGAUCGCGAAGGGAGCAAUGCAUUUGCGUGCGCAGUCUAAGGACGUGGAUGUAGAACUAAAGCCUGGUGUCGAUGCGACACCGUUUAGUGGGGUGCCAGUGUCAGGCGGUGUGCUUGCGGGCGUGGGGAAGGGAAAAGGGGAGAAGAUAUGGUUCGGAGGGAGUGACGAAUUUGUUUUUGCGUAUCGAUUAAGGAGGAUCGUUGUUAAGAGGCAGACUGUGAGCAAGACCAGCGAGUAUGUAAAGGGUGCGACAGUAGCACAUGAUGAGCGCGAGGCAUCAUCCAGCUCAGCGGCGCACGAGAUGCCGACGGCUUCGAGUGCGGAUACUGUGGGAGAUGUGCAGAUCGAGUCGGUCGAAAAGUCGCAGAUGGAUUAUGGGUCUGGAGGGUAUCCUGUUGAUGGUUUCGAUGCAACGAUGGUAAGAGACGAGCAGGACGACGAGGAAUGCUUGUUGCAAGUGCACGACAAUUUCUUGGAUGAGUAG